AUGCUGCCCCGGGCCGCAGCUGUAUUAACAAUCUACUGGAUGUUGAUUUACAUAUAUCGCAUAACGUUACACCCACUCGCGAAAAUCCCCGGCCCAAAGCUGGCUGGCAUGACCUUUUGGUACGAGCUUUACUACGACCUCUACCCUCACCGGUGCCGCUAUCUUUUUAAAAUACGUGAACUACAUGAACGAUACGGCCCCAUUGUCCGCAUAAACCCUAUACAUGUCCACAUAAAUGACCCGGAUUAUAUCGAUGAGAUUUACACAGCCGGCAAUAAACGCCGCCGGAACCGAGACCCGUGGUUUUUACACAUAUCCAAGGCGGGCAUGAUGACAUGGUCGCUUCUGCACACUGAAGACCACGAUCUGCACCGCAUACGCCGCGCCGCUCUGGCGCCAUUUUUCAGCCGCCGCGCCAUCGUUGCCCUGCAGGGCCUAAUUAUCGACAAAAUCGAACGGCUGUGCUGCCGUUUUUCGGAGCUUCACCAAUCGGGCGAGGUCGUUGAUAUAACGUAUGCCAUGGCGGCACUGACCAUGGACGUUAUUAGCGCUUAUUCUCUCGGCAUUGACACGGAUUGUCUGGGCAAGCCUGACUGGUCGCCGAACUGGCUCGACGCUUUUAGGCAGGCGGGAUACAUACGCCCGCUCGCGCGGCAGUUUAAAUGGAUUAUCAACCCAAUUUUAAUGGCUAUAUCGCCUGAUUUUAUCCAGCGGUUCGAUCCCGCCACGGCCGAGCUUUCCAGGACUAUUACCUAUCCGCUGGAAAAAAUCCAGGCCUCUGAACGGGAAAGGCAGGCUGCAGGCGGGGAAGCUGCCAAACUAUCUACAAACACUCGGACCGUAUUGCAAAACCUACUCGAAAGUGAUUUGCCGCCCGAGGAAAAGCUGCCCGAGCGUCUGAGCUGCGAAGUUGCAGGUUUGUUGGGGGCGGGGACGGAAGGGACAGCGCGGACGCUUGCCAUUACGCUGUUUUACAUUUACGACAAUCCCAAACUGCUCAAGAAGCUUAGAGAAGAGCUCCGGACGGUCAUGCCAAAGCCAGAUUCGCAUACCAGUAUUGAGGCACUUGAGAACUUACCAUACUUUAAUGCAGCCAUGACGGAGGGCUUGCGCAUGUCCCACGGCGCGUCGAGUCGAAUGCCUCGCAUUGCCACGGACGAAGAUCUUGUGUACCAAAAAUGGGUGAUUCCGCGUGGGUACCCCGUCAUGCAAUCUAUGUACCUCCAUCACACCAACCCCAAGAUCUUCCCGGCCCCUUUGGAAUUCAAGCCGGAGCGCUGGCUAGAAGACCCGAUACUCAAAGCAAAGUAUUUCUUGGCGUGGGGACGGGGAGCUCGCAACUGCGUCGGUAUGAAUCUCGCGCAUGCAGAGGUGUACCACGCUGUGGCAAUCUUGAUUAGCCGCUUUGAAAUUACUUCGUAUGACACCGAUCGCAAGCGCGACGUGGAGGUGUCAAGGGAUGGAUUUAUCGGGAUGCCUGCUGCUGACAGUCCUGGUAUCAGG